AUGAGUUUAAAUAGAUCGUAUAACUUACAGGAACCUUUGCAGCAGGCUGAACUACUGCUGAACGGUAGUGAUGCUUUCGAAAUUUCUGCCAGUUCAGGAAGAAUGGAGGUGAAUGAAGGGAGUGAAGUGUCUAGUGAGAAAGAUAGCACAGAGAAUGUAAAGCUGGCGUUUAGGUCGAAGAAGGAUUUUGUGAUAGGGGCGUUUUGGUUAGGGGUUCUUAUAGUGAGCUCAGCGACGAUAGGGCCGAUUAUGUUGGCGAUGCCAGCGAAGAGUACUUAUGUGUCAAUUUUAUGGAGGUCACAAAGCUCUUGUCUUUUCAUGGCUAUAUGGUCAGCCAUAAGCUAUUUCAAGUACAGCAGACAGAGAGUACCUCAAAGUUACGAAGCCUCAGAAAGCAGAAGACUCAGCACAUGGGAAAAAAUGAAAAAAGAUUCAUCUCCCAAGAAUUUGGUUAGCUUCUCAUUCAUGUCCUUCUUCCUAUUCGUGUGGGUGUUUGGCCUCAUCCUUGGAUGCAAGUUCACCCUUACUGCUCAUGCAGAUGUGCUUUAUUGCAACAACGGAUUGUUCAUCUUGCUGAUUGCAAUUCUGACUUGCCAAUAUGUUCACAAAUAUGAAAUAAUUGGAUACGUUGUUUAUGGAGUUGGUAUACUAGUUAUGAUAAGCGACCCAAAUGCUACAAAAACCAAUAAUGAUAUGGACAAAUCACUAGGAAAUUUCCUUGCACUCACUGGUGCUCUUUGAGGAGCCUUAUACGGAAUUGUUUCAAAUAAGAUGAAGCGAGAUAGUCCGCAAGAGGUGUGCAUGUUCUAUUUGUUCCUAGGCCAUUUUAUUAUCCAAUUAAUAUUCUUUCCUCAAGUUGAAGACAAUUCUCUCCUCUUCAGUUUUGAUCCAGAGUACGGAAUGUUUGGUUGGCUCUCAGAUUUUUGGCUAUUUUUGCUGGUGUUUGGAUUCAUGUGCCCAUGGACUAGUGUUCUGACAAACUACUCGUUACUCCAAUCAUACAAGUAUUGGACUCUGGAUAUUGUAGCGGUGUCUUAUCUCACAGAGCCAUAUUUUGCUCAAAUAGCAGCUGUUUUAUUUGGACAAGAUGAGAUUCCAGGAUCACAAACAUUCAUUGGGAUUAUCAUCUUAAGCAUUGGAAUAAUCCUAUCAAUUCACGGGUCUAAAUGCAAGACAUUACACAGAAUCAACAGUCAAUCAAAUGACUCAGAACAAAGCGCUAUCGAACUCGCUAGUAAUUAA